AUGUUCGGCCUCACAAGUAGAAGGUCUGCACUUGCUCGCUCGAAAUGCCUGGCUCCGUCAAUGUCGGCGCGAGCCAUGGUCGCAGCGCAGCCUGUCUGCGCCAACAUGCACGAGUUUCAUUCUACCCCUGCGCAGGGUGCGUCCCGGCCGACUUGGAUGCCAAUGCGUGUCAAGACGCCUUGGAUUGAUGCUUUGACGCAGAGUCGGGAGGCUGCUAAAGCUGACUCGCAGGCGAAUGCGGCUAAGGCUAUUAAGCCUGAUUUGACGCCGAAGAAGAUGUCUGAUAGUGCUUACAGUGCUGUUCUGCCAUUGGCUCAAGAUAAGUGGCUCCUGGAUUCCUACCUCAAUUCAUCCGGCCACAUCAGACUUGGAUCCCUUCUGAUGGAUCUUGAUGCAUUGGCUGGCAUUAUUGCCUACCAACAUACCGGCGAUGGAGUAUCAACCGUCACAGCCGCCGUAGACCGAAUCACCAUUGAGCACCCUCUUAUGGAGAUUUGCGAUCUCGAGCUCAGUGGCCAAUGUACAUAUGCAACUGGUCGCUCGAGUAUGGAGAUCUCGUGCCAGGUAAACAAGGUCCGCCCUGAUGGCCAGGCUGCUCAACCUGAUGAUGUUCUCAUCACUUGUGCAUUCACAAUGGUCUCCUUGGACCCGGCAACCAAGACUCCCGUUCCUGUGGCACCUCUCAUCGUUGAAACAGAAGAAGAAAAGCGCCUCUUCAAGAAAGGCGAAGCAAACUACCAAGCCAAGAAAGCUCUCCGCAAGCGCAGUCUCCUCGAGCGAGCCCCAGACGAUGAAGAGAGUGACCUAAUCCAUUCAAUGUGGACAAAAGAAAUGUCCUACCUAAACCCCCAAACCCCUACAGUCCGCCCCGAAAACCAAGUAUUCAUGAGCGAAACCGUCCUAAAAUCAGCCAUGAUAAUGCAACCUCAAAACCGCAACCGCCACAACUUCAUGAUCUUUGGCGGUUUCCUCCUAAAACAAUCCUUCGAACUAGCCUUCUGCUGCGCAGCCUCAUUCUCACACGCGCGCCCCAACUUCCUCGCCCUAGACCCAAGCACCUUCGAAAAUCCAGUGCCAGUGGGCAGCGUACUGUAUUUGCGCGCUACUGUUGCGUACACCGAGCCCGAGGAGCGCGAGGGCGAUAGCACCAAGUACACCAAGGUGCAAGUGCGUGUUGAUUCGAAGGUGAGGGAUGUUGAGCAUGGGACUAAGAAGUCUACUGGCAUGUUUAAUUAUACUUUCCUCGUUGAGAAGGAUGUGCAUGUUAUGCCAAAGAGUUAUGGUGAAUUUAUGCUUUGGACUGAUGCACGGAGGAGGGCUAGGAAUGCUGCUGCUAUUGAUCCUGCACAUAAGAUGAGUGCGUUGAGGAGUAUUAAGGAUAGUGUUACUGAGUAG